ACCGCUACUUUUCAGAAAAUACCUUCUGGAAACCGUGCUCCCUCCUCCGUCCUCCGAGCUUCCAUUCAGUAAACAUCAUCGGAGGUUUCAGAAAUUAGGACCGACAUUGCAGCAAAAGGAGGAUUUCAUCGCCUCGUAAAUCUUCUUUACUUUUGUCUUGCUGUGGCUGUUACCACCCUGCAUUUAGUUGCCGUCUUCUUCCUCGAGAAAUCAGUCUGUCCUUUCUGAUCCCUGACCGUUGAUUAUAUUCACAGUUCAAGGAUCCUCUCACUUAGUAGAAGCUCAAACAAAGCCAAGAGGGAGCGAGACCGAGGAAUUCUAGAAAUAAAUGUCUCAAGGAAAUCAUGGGGUUGAGAUUCCCAGAGUGAAACUGGGUACCCAAGGUCUAGAGGUGUCGAAGUUGGGGUUUGGAUGCAUGGGGCUAACAGGGAUGUACAAUGCUCCAGUGCCAGAAGAUCUGGGUAUUUCAAUCAUCAAGGAAGCAUUUAACAAUGGGAUAACUUUCUUUGACACCUCUGAUGCUUAUGGCCCUUACACCAAUGAAACUCUGCUUGGCAAGGUACUGAAGCAAUUGCCAAGAGAGAAAGUCCAGGUGGCUACAAAGUUUGGGAUCACCUUUGAUAACUUCAAUCCCAAAGAAGUUAAGAUUAGAGGCGAUCCUGCUUAUGUUCGUGCCUGCUGCGAGGCUAGCUUGAAGCGUCUCGAUUUGGAUUACAUCGAUCUUUACUAUCAGCACCGGGUUGACACUUCGGUUCCCAUAGAGGAAACGAUGGGAGAGCUUAAGAAGCUCGUUGAAGAAGGCAAAAUCAAGCACAUUGGACUAUCUGAAGCCAGUUCCGACACAAUCAAGCGAGCUCAUGCUGUUCAUCCCAUCACUGCAGUGCAAAUGGAAUGGUCAAUUUGGACUCGUGAUAUUGAGCCAGAAAUCGUCCCUCUUUGUAGGAAACUUGGGAUUGCGAUAGUUGCAUACAGUCCAAUUGGACGUGGCUUCUUUGGAGGGAAAGGAAUCACUGAGAGCUUGCCCUCAGAGACUGUCUUGCUAUGCUGUGGUUGCAGAGGAUGCAUCCAAGGUUCAUUGAAGAAAGUAAAGAGAAGAACAGAGUGCUCUACACCCGAGUCGAGAAGCUAGCAAAUAAACAUGGCUGCACUCCUGCUCAGCUUGCUCUUGCAUGGGUCUUGCAUCAAGGAGAUGACGUGGUGCCCAUCCCUGGGACAACCAAGCUGAAGAAUCUGGCAAGCAACAUGGAAUCGCUGAGAGUGAAGCUGACAAAGGAAGAUGUGGAGGAGAUUAGUGCGGCGGUCCCUGUGGAUGAUGUUGCUGGAGUCAGAUCUGCUAGUUAUCAGCUCACAUGGAAGUUUGCUGAUACACCAUUGCCAAGCAAGAACUAAUUAGCUGACUUAUCCGCUCAUAUAUGUUCUCUGCAGAUAUUGAUAUGUAGUUCGCAUUAUUAUAAACAUAAAAGCUCAAUACAAAAUGUUGUAAGCAGUUUGUGUCUGAUGUUGGUCCAUGGAAUAGUGGCUUAAUAAUAAGAAUAAAAAUAAACUAGUUUUGUGUCCAGCCUGUAUGGGAAGAGUGAUUGAAAGUUUGUAGUUGCAGAGAGGGUAGCUAUGUUGUUCUUUUAAAAUUUAAUGAUAAAUUGGUGAGUUCUUGGAAACAAG